CAAAAAAAAUGACCGCCAAUCAGCCAUGGAAAGGAGCUGAGUGAGAAGAGAACUAACAAGCAAACACAAAAGAAAGACAAUAACAAGCAGUUAGUCAACAUUCUCCGUUCACCAAACUCACCUGUUCUUCCACCUAAAACCGAAACCACGCCCUACAUACAUACACUCUUCUCCACCCAACUCAAUCUCUUCCAUCAAUCCAACAAUGCCAUCCUGCUUCCAUCCCCAGCCACGGCGGCCGCCGCCCGACCACGCCGCGGCCACCGAAGACGCCGCCAUCCUCUUCUCCACAACCUCUGACUCACCAGCGGAAUCCACCACUCCCUGCAGCCUCUCCUCCUCCUCCUUCUACCUCUCUUCACCUCCCCUGCCUCCACCGCCGCAGCAAUCCCACCUCGCCGUCACCAACCUCUCCUUCACCAUUUCCCCCAAACCAUCCUCCACCUUCUCCUUCUCCUUCCUCCAAACCCCCAAGCCAAUCACCAUCCUCAACUCCGUCUCCUUCACCGCCGACGCCGCCCAAAUCCUCGCCGUCGUCGGGCCCAGCGGCACGGGGAAAUCCACCCUCCUCCGCGUCAUCGCCGGGAGAGUUCGGAACCACGAAUUCGACACCAAUGCCAUCUCCAUCAACGGGAGGAGAAUCUCCUCCCCUUCCCAGCUCAAGAAGAUAUGCGGGUUCGUCGCGCAGGACGAUAACCUCCUCCCUCUGCUCACCGUCAGAGAAACCCUAAUGUACAGCGCGAAAUUCCAUCUCAAGGACCUCACCGUCAAGGAGAAGGAAGAGCGGGUGGAAGGUCUGCUGCGGGAGCUCGGCCUCCUCCACGUGGCCGAGAGCUACGUCGGCGACGAAUCCAACAGAGGAAUUUCCGGUGGAGAGAGGAAGCGAGUUUCGAUCGGUGUCGAUUUGAUCUGCGACCCGCCGAUUCUCCUCCUCGACGAGCCGACAUCGGGGCUCGACAGCUCGUCGGCGCUUCAGGUGAUCGAACAUCUCUCCGCCAUUGCUAGGGUGAAGCGGCGGACUGUGAUUGUCUCGAUUCACCAGCCGAGUUACAGAAUUUUACAGUUCAUCCCCAAUUUCCUCGUCCUGUCUCGCGGCUCCGUCGUCCAUCACGGCAGCUUGGAAACCCUAGAGGAUAAAAUUGGGGAUUUAGGGUUUUCUAUCCCAGAUCAGCUCAACGCGCUCGAAUUCGCCAUGGAAAUCGUAGGCACGCUGGAGGAAUUGGCAAAAUCAGGCGACAACAACAACAACGAUUCAAUUCCGAGUGAAUCGGAGACGAUUCGGCACUGGAUUUGGCCCGCGGCAGCUGCGGGGAACCACCGCUACCGCCGUCACCGUCGGUCAAUCGAUCUUGAAGAGAUCGCUUACCUGUGCUCCAGAUUCUGGAAAGUGAUAUACAGAACGAAGCAGCUCUUCGCGGCGAGGACGCUACAGGCGCUGGUCGGAGGGCUGGGAUUGGGGAGCGUGUACGUGAAGCUACGGAACUCCGACGGCAGCGGAGUGGCGGAGCGAUUGGGGCUGUUCGCGUUCAGCCUCAGCUUCCUCCUCUCCUCCACAGUGGAAGCCCUCCCGAUCUACCUCCAGGAGCGGCGCGUGCUGAUGAAGGAAGCCUCCCGCGGUGCGUACAGAAUCUCCAGCUACCUAAUCGCCAACACGAUCGUCUUCCUCCCCUUCCUCCUCGCCGUCGCCAUCAUCUUCUCCGCACCGGUCUACUGGAUCGUCGGGCUGAACCCUUCGAUCGCCGCGUUCGGAUUCUUCGUCUUCACCGUCUGGCUGAUCGUCCUGAUGGCCAGCUCGCUGGUCAUGUUUCUCUCCGCGGUUUCCCCCAAUUUCAUCGCCGGGAACUCGCUGAUCUGCACCGUGCUGGGGGCGUUUUUCCUGUUCUCCGGCUACUUCAUCCCCAAGGACAGGAUCCCAAAGUACUGGAUGUUUAUGUACUACGUGUCGCUGUACCGGUACCCGCUGGACUCGCUGCUGACGAACGAGUACUGGAGCCGGAGGAAGGAGUGUUUCCGGUGGCAGGGCGGCGGCGGACCGGGGACGGCGGUGUGUGUUUUGACGGGGAGUGACGUGUUGAGGAGCAGAGGGCUGGAGAGGGAUGGAAGGUGGGAGAAUGUGGGGAUUAUGGUCGGGUUUUUCGUGGUUUAUCGGGUCCUCUGUUGGAUCGUUCUGGCCCGGAAGGCUUCCAGAACCACGAUUUGAAAUUUGUUAUUUUAGCGGGAAACGUGACGGGGUUUGUCUAAUGUAAAUCGUGGGCUUUUAAUAGAGAGUUAUGGGCCUUCCUUAUUGUGAUUUCACGCCGGAGCCCAAAUGAGUGCUAGCUUUUCGAACCAAAACUUAACGGAUCCCUUUCUUUUUGUGUGUGUGGUCUGGUCUCAUAACAAUGAUUUGAUGACCCAAGAAGAAGCCCAUACCCACACAAGCAAAGUGUAUGAAUGUUUUUUAAUUUGAUAACUGCAGUUGUCAUCUUGCUGGUUUCAACUAGGGGGUGGGCAUGCUGGUGGGUAAUUCGCGGUUUGACAUAUACCCACUCGCAAAUAAUCUAAUUCAUAGUGAACAGAUGAUUGUUGCGGGUGGAUUGUGAAUCAAUAAAUUUCCUACCAGCACUUAUCGGGUGGGUUGUGGGUCAUUCGAAUGACUUGCACCCCAUCUUUACAUAGGAAAUAGUUGUUUCUUUAACAAAUAGUUACCAUAUUUCUUAACAGACAGUAAGCACUGGCCAUUGACUUCUUAACGUGGAAAAUAAAGAAUAUUUUUGGUCUACUAGUAUUGGUUAUUAUGUUAUGUAUAUAAUUUCCAUUUGAUAUGAAUACACAAAUUGUAAAUUGUUAGUUGUAUCUAAAUAAAAAAUGUAAACUUUCUCGACAUAAUUGAUUGAUAAAGUAAUAAAAAAAAUUAUACAAGUACUAGACAUCUCCAUAGGUGACAAAUUGAUGAGAGGUGUAUUAAUUGAUGCGGUCUUACUAAUUUGUGGGGAAUGAAUUGCACUUGCGGAUUAAUCUAUGAUCCAACUGCACCCAUCCGUCACCCACCCAACCCAACCCGAGUAGUGUGUCCAUGAAUUAUGUGUAAUGUCAAGAACCAGUUUAUACCAAAAACUCGAGUUGUUAGGAGAGGUUCAAUCGUGGAUCAUAUACCACACUCUAACACGCUCCCCUCAAACGAAAGCCAGUCACAAGGGCUUGAAGUUUGCACAGGUCCACAUACCAUGUGCUUAACAAAUGGGGGGUUACAAGGAUUCGAAUACAAGACCUCUCGGUCACAUAAGGCUCUGGUGCCAUGUCAAUAACCAAUUGAUCUCAAUAACUCAUGUUGUUGGGAGAUGUUCAAUUGUGCAUCAUAUACCACGCUCUAACAGGUAAAAUGUACCAAAUCGGAUCGACCAGUUAACACCGAAACCCAACCAACGCACCCAUUUUCCACCCUACUUUCAACAUUAUUCCCUCCCUCCCUCCCGUUCUCACAUACAGUCCAUGUUACUGUUGUGCCCCACACAUGCUUCAGUAUUAAUAGCAAGCAGGGUUUGUUAAAUGGUCUUUUCAGGCUGUAAAGAUGGACAGCACCAACAGUACCAUUAGUGGGUUUUCAUGGGAAAGCUCAUGGUUAUAUAUGACACCAUCAGCCGUGUCCCAAAAACAGUUAUGGUUGGUUAAAGUUCAAAGGUUAAUUCUUCUUUACUAUUUCUUUUUCCCAAUGUUCACAAAAGUCUACUGUACCAGUAGGGCACAUUAGAAAUAUCGAUUAAAUCAUGGUAGGCAAUUUUUGAGAGGUAGGAAAUUGUGGAACUAUGAUUUUAGUACAAAAAUUUAAUUGCAUAUUUUUCCGUAUAACUUUCGAUACGACUGUUUUCUUGUGGUAAUAUAUUUCCAGUUUUUUUUUUUUUUUUACCUAAAAUUCUUCCGAGCCUUGCUCUGAUCAUUGUAGGCUGGCAGAGGUGGAGAGAUUCCUGGCACUUUUCCUGCAAGAGGGUAAUGCUGAUGCAUGAACGGCGGUUGCUGGUGUUUGUACUUUUAUUGAGUGUCUUUGGAGUUUUGGUGGGGGGCUUCUCCCACUUUUGCCUGUUUCUUUUUUUACUGCACCAAUUAUUUACCACGGACUGCCUCCUCUCCUCUUACGGCCUAGUAAUUAAUGGGUUCAGUUACU